UUAAACUGAUACUGGAAAUGGAUAUACAUACUUUUAUCACAUUUAUACUUCUUGGUGUUGUGCAGACUACGAAUGCUUCGCCACCGAGUUAUAGUAUAGAACUGGAAGAGAGUCUGAGGACCGAGUUGUUUACGAGCUACACAGCGCAACAAAGACCAACCCAAAAAGUUCGAGUUGGCAUAAGAUUCCACCUUUUAACUGUUAACGACUUGAAUAUAAAAGACCAGACUUUAUCAUUAUCUGGAUACUUGACAAUGGAUUGGUGGGAUACCAGAUUAACAUGGGAGAACACAAACGACACGUCACAAGAUUAUACAAGCAUCAAUUUUCUAUUUGCCACAGAAGAUUAUGUUUGGAGACCAGCAAUUAUUAUAGAGAACGCCUAUUUACUAGACCGAGAUGCUAAGUCGGGUUUUAACGUGCUACCUGAAGAGGCAACACCUUAG